AUGGCGUCUCCCAAGAAAUCAAAGAAAAGCAAGAAAGAUAGGAAAAUUGAAGAAAAACUUAAGCUUGAUGGUUUUCCAUUUGCAAGCAAUCCAGUUGGGAAUAUCUCAAGUGGCCAAGUACUUCAGUACGAAAUAUCUGCUCCCUUUGUUGAAAUGGGUGUAAGUAUGAAGAAUUCCAAAAGCUAUAUGAAAAUAGAUGGAGGUAAAUCAGAUAGAAUCACAGGCAAAGAUGAACGCAGGGAAUCAUAUUGGUUUUCGCUUAUUAUUACCCAGAGCUAUGAGCUUUCUCGCUCAGGGAAGGCUGAUGAAGUUUUCAGUAAGAGGAAGAAUAUGUUAGAUCACUCUUAUGUUAAAUUCAGAUUAUGA